UUGGCAUUUGACAAAUGACAUUUCUCUAAAUUGUGACUAUGAAUGUAAUGAUUGCUGAACUUUAGCGUUCAGCAGGGAUUUAUUAUCAUUAUUUACAAUUUUAAAGGCCGAAAAUGGCUUCAAUAGCUUUAAAAGGCCAAUUCGUAUCGAAAAUAAUUCCCAAAAAUGGAUCAUUCAGCAUUAUUUACAUAAAAUCGGAAUCCUAUAGUUCUGAUGCCAAAACUAACCUUGCUGCUUACAAAAGAGGAACAGGGGGUAGAAGCAGCUUCAAUGGCAUCGUCGCCACCGUUUUCGGUUGCACUGGUUUCGUCGGUCGUUACCUGUGCAACAAACUUGGCAAGAUUGGAACUCAGAUGAUUUUACCGUACCGUGGUGACUUCUACGACGCUGCUAGAUUGAAAGUCUGUGGAGAUCUGGGCCAAGUUCUAUUUACUCCAUUUGAUAUUCGUGAUGAUGAAUCCAUUGCGAAAGCAGUACGCUACUCCAAUGUAGUGAUCAACCUUGUUGGCCGAGACUAUGAAACUAAGAAUUUUAAAUACAAUGAUGUGCAUGUUGAAGGUGCUAGACGCCUUGCAAGAAUAAGCAGAGAAAUGGGUGUGGAAAGAUUCAUACAUCUAUCUUAUUUAAAUGCUGAAGAAAACCCAAAGCCACUGGUUAUGAAAACUCCUUCUAUGUACAAAAUCAGUAAAUAUUUGGGCGAGUGUGCUGUUAAAGAGGAAUUCCCUACUGCCACCAUCAUUAGAGCUUCUGAUAUUUAUGGCUCUGAGGAUAGAUUUUUGAGGAGCAUUGUCUCUCCCUGGAGGCUGCACACCCACUACAUGCCACUGUACAAGAACGGUGAGGCAACAAUCAAACAGCCUGUUUACGUAUCAGACGUAGCUCAAGCUAUUGUGAACGCAGCUCGCGAUCCCGACACUAGAUGUCAAGUGUACCAAGCUAUUGGACCAAAAAGGUACAUGUGGAAAGAUCUUGUGACAUGGUUUUAUCGCUUGAUGCGCAAGGAUGAGAGCUGGGGCUUCAAGCAUUACGACAUGAAGUAUGACCCUAUUCUGUUCCCACUCAAAGUGGCUCUGGCCAAUAAAUUGUCACCAGCAUAUCCAUUUGGCUGCUUGCACUGGGAAGGUCUCGAAAAGGAGGCCACAACUGACGUUGUUGACAAGAAUCUGCCAACACUAGAAGACCUUGGUGUGACCUUAACUCAUAUGGAAGAUCAAGUUCCAUGGGAACUGAAGCCAUACCGCGCUUACUUGUUCUACAUUGACCAACUCGGAGAGUUCCCAAAACCACCACCACCCCCAGUCUAUGCCGAAUAAAUGAUUAUAAAUCAAGUGUAAAUCUGUAGAAAGGGUUCAGCCGCAAUUUAUUAUAUCAUGUCAAAUCUGUAGAUUGGAUUGAAAUAAAUUAUUACCAUCA